UACUUCCCCGGGCCAGUCCGUGCGUUGCGGCGUGUCUAUGGUUUGCGCGCGGUGGCCUGUGGGAAGGCGGAGGAGUUAUGGCCUAGGCGCUGGCCGCGCGCGCGUAGCUGGCUUGGGGGCGGUGGCGGGGUGGGACCCGCUGUGUCUAAGUAAUUAAGAUGACAACAGCAGCUAGGCCAACAUUUGAACCUGCAAGAGGAGGAAGAGGAAAAGGAGAAGGAGAUUUAAGUCAGCUCUCCAAACAAUAUUCCAGCAGAGAUCUUCCUUCUCAUACUAAAAUUAAAUACAGACAGACCACUCAGGAUGCCCCUGAGGAGGUGCGUAAUCGCGACUUCAGAAGAGAACUGGAGGAGAGAGAACGAGUUGCUGUAAGAGAAAAGAACAGAGACAGACCAGCAAGAGAGCACACCACAUCCUCUUCAGUGUCUAAGAAACCUCGAUUAGAUCAGAUUCCUGCAGCAAACCUUGAUGCAGAUGAUCCACUCACAGAUGAAGAUGAUGAAGAUGAGGAUUUUGAUGAAGAGAGCGAUGACGACACUGCAGCUCUUCUGGCUGAACUAGAAAAAAUAAAAAAAGAGAGAGCUGAGGAGCAGGCCCGAAAGGAGCAAGAGCAAAAGGCUGAAGAAGAGAGGAUUCGAAUGGAAAACAUCCUGAGUGGCAACCCUUUACUAAAUCUUACAGGCCCAGUGCAGCCUCCGGCAAACUUCAAAGUGAAGAGAAGAUGGGAUGACGAUGUUGUUUUCAAGAAUUGUGCCAAGGGAGUAGAUGAAAUGAAAAAGGACAAAAGAUUUGUAAAUGAUACUCUGCGGUCUGAAUUUCAUAAAAAGUUCAUGGAAAAAUACAUCAAGUAGUACAGUUUUAUGUGCUCCAUUGCUGAAAGACUCAAAAGGGUCAAGGUGACUUCCCCUCUGUGGUGUACCUCCACCCCCCCAGCCCCCCCAAAAAAUAAUGGCUGAAAAUUGUCUCCUGCCAUGAAUUUCCAAAUACUUUUCCAAGGUCACUGACAACUUUUUAAUUGUUGCCUUGUAUCCGGAGUGUUUUAUCUUUUUCAGCAUCCUUUUUUUGUUUUAACUAAACCUGUUUCUGUUUAAUUCAGUGGAUAUGCAUUUACUUUUAAUGGCCUUCAUGUAAAUGUUGGAAGAGAGGCUGGUUUGCAAUAAAUACUUUAAUUGUCUAAAUACUGUUUCUUGGGAAACAACCUGUAUGUAAUAUGGAGAUUUGUAAUUUAUGCAGCUUAUGUAAAUUUUCAUAUUCUUAAAGGUAAGUGAAAUUCUACGUGCUAGAAGAGAGUACUGAAAUUGCCUUUUUAUGCAUGGCAUUUAAUUAUCGUCCUUCCUCUGAUUGGCUAAUUGAAAUCCAAUAUGAACUCCCUAUCUGACAUCUUAAAUAUUGAGUGUUUCCCUGAUGUAUCAGUUAAGGAUGUGGUCUGACUGGAUAGCUCCUGGCUGUUAAAAAUUCUGUUUUCAUCUAUAUCAUGAGUUCAGCCUGAUUCACUGCCUUGCCACAAGGAGCGUCCAGCAGGUGUGCGAUGAAGUGGUGUUCUCCCUUUAGCCAGGGAAUUCCAUUCUCUGUAAUCUUGUGUUCCUAAACCCCAGUCUUGCAGUCAGAGCUACAUGGAUGCAAGGUUGGAAGAGCUCAAUCCUGCAAUCUUUAAAUCUAGUUUCGAAGGUGGCACCCAACCCAGUCAUCAGACU